AUGCGGGAAGUGCGCGGGGAGUGGAUGGAGCUGGAGCCGGAGAUAAGCGAGGCAGAAAGUGCAGCUGAAACCUCCAGGGAGAGCGAGACUUUGGGAGAAGGAGGGAGGGAGGACCUUUUUCGGGCUGUUUUGAGGGGAUUUGCAGAGUGGCAGUUGGGGAUUUGGAAGCCUGCAAGGAGUUGGGCAGUGUACGGAGUAGUCUUCCUGGGGGGAGGAUACGGCCUCUAUAAAGUGGCGUACGAAGUGGGGAAGGUCCUUCUCGCGGGUCUCAGCCUCCUGGGGGGAGAGUGCUUGCGGGCAGUGAUCUUUUUCCUGGUGAUGGAUGCCCUCAUGAAGGCCCUCGUGUAG